AUGGAAAUCAAUUGCUCCUUUCAAAGAUCAGUUGGGGGAUGCUGCUCCCAAGAUAAGCGAAGUCGAGUUGCAGGAAAAGCUUCUCUUAUAGUCCCUCUGCGCUUAUGUGAGAAAGACAUCUCAGUACACAAACAGGCUGUGGGCGUGAAUGAUGUUGAAUCAGAAGUCGAUCUCAUUUUAGCACGGGCAUCGAUAUUCACGUUGCCUUCCAAUAUUUCGGACAUGACUAUCUGCCCAGCCCAUCGCUCCUCUUUGGCCUUUGGAUGGCGAAGAGGCUCGCAACGGUGCCGUGUUCCAUCCGAAUUAUCGAGGCAUGCCAAGGAAGGGAAAUCACGAAAGGGUGACCGUGGUAUAAACAAAGCGCUUUCGAAGGCAAUCCUUCGACGCACGGGAAUAUUCCUCCCUGUUGGGUCUGGUAAGUCUUUGUAAUGUUGUUAACUUACAAUAGGACGCUAUGACAAACAGGACAAGAAGUUAUAAUUACUAAUAAAAACAAAAUUGGCACAUUUAAAUCAGUACUACCACUGAAGCACACAUUUAACCAGCCAUUUAAUUUUGUAGCGUGAGCUAGUUUAAUAAAAUUAUUUUUUAUCAGUGUGUUUUUUUUUUGUUAACUUCUUGUCGCCAAAAACUAAUACACCUCUUUCCUUAUCUCACCAUGCGGCCUGGGACCGAGAUAUUUAUUUUGGUCAGGGGCUCAGGGCCACUCACUACACCGCAAAACCGCUCUUAGGGAAGAGUGAUGGAUAGAUUUAGGGGACGUUGUUGCGUUGUUGCGUUGUUGGUGCGAGGGGACGGGCAGGUGAUUUGAAAAGUGAAAGGGAGGGUAGGAUUAAAAAACUGUUUUUGUCUCUGUCAAUAGACCAUUUUACAGUUCUGUGAUAUUUAACCAGGCCUCUGUAUAAAAGCGAGGUUUGUGUUGACCUUGACACGAUAGAGAUCAAAAACUGGUUAGCAUAACAAUUAAAGGAUUUGCAUAUCAAAAGUAACAGGGUUUGUAUCAAAACAAGGUCAACUUGAGCCUCGCUUCCACUCAAAGGCUUGGUAUCUAAGCACGCAACUGUAAAAGGGCCUAUCCAAGCCCGAAAAUUCACCCCAGGCAUUCUCAUUCUUAUUCAUUUUCGUUCGUUCGUUCGUUCGUUUAUUCGUUCUCAUUCCCCUACCCCAGUGUGGGGCCUUUUCCAAAGACGAUCAGCUCGGUUAGUGAAGCAUUGUCAAAAACAACGUGAUCUUUUCAGUCAACUCCCGUUACAACGAACACCCUCGGGACGUCGUUUAGUGUCCGUAAUACGGUGGAACCCCGAUAUAACGAUCCUCGAUAUAACGAUAUUCCCGGUAUAACGAUGAAUAUUCUAUGUCCCUGCAAAUAUUACAGUAAACUGUAUGGGACAGAACCCCGAUAUAACGAUCUUCGAUAUAACGAUAUUCCCGAUAUAACGAUGAGAAUGAGUACACAGUACACAGUCACAAUUUAAGCAAAACAUUGAAUUUAAUACAGUAACCGAGCAUCUGUAAAGUUUCCGUCGACAGCUUCUCUUUGACUCCUUUUACCCCGAUAUAACGAUAUAUUUGGUUAUUUUUCAGCAUUAUCGUUAUAUCGGGUUUUCACUGUAGGGAGAGUCCGUAAUGCUUGGAGUCAUUUCCAGACAAACCUCUUAUGUCGGGGAUCUGAAUUUUGCCCGUAAUAGCGAAUGUCCUUAAUAGCGAGGUGUCCGCAAAGCGAGAGUUUGCUGUAAAUGGUUCUGCCCCAACACUGUACAAAUAUUUGGACUGUUGUUUCCGUGUGCAAACGAGAGAUGAAGCAAAGAAGAACGCCGGGAAGCAAAAGAGUUGCAGUUUUAGAUGUUAAAAAGCGAUUGAAGCUGUUGCAGGCUCCAGUCGUUCUAAUGAAGUUACAUUUAUUUGGGAAUGAUUACUUGUAUGCGUGAGCUUGCCUCACCGUGGGGCAUUUUCCACAUUUUCAAAAUCAAAAGACAAAUGCCCCGGGGGAUGAGCGGGCUUGGAAUUGACUGAGCCAUUAGUAUUGAUAAAUUAGUUUUACUUUACGAACAGUUCGAUCAUAAUUUAUCAUUUUUUUGUGUGUGUAGGAAUUUGUCGUGACUGCAGGACGGCCAUUGUUCCGGAUACCAAGAUAACGGUUACAGAAGCCUGUAGCUCAAGCAUAGCUGGCAUUGCAAAAGGAAUUGAAAAUGUUUCCACUAAACACCCAUUAAACAAAAACACGAUCAGUCAGAAGCCCGAAAUCAAUGUUCUUAUAUUCAGGUGUUUACUGUACACGCGUGGUUACAUUUGUAGGACGAGGGGGAGGAUUACGCUGGUGUUCCUCACAGUACUCCCAUAACACCAGGAGGAAGUUUCUACAUUCCUGAAAGUGACGACACAUGCACUUCUUUUGAAGUAACGUUCGAUGAUCUUCGCGGUGCACAGGCAGAACACAAACCUGCUGACGCCCUUAACGAGUAUUUGCAAUCCCGAGAUACCAGUCCAGUCCGUUCUAGGCUUAACACUCCGUGGGAGAUCGCAAGUGAGAGAACAAAGCGUUACUACAUACGAAAAGCUGGACAAGGUGUGACCGCCAUAAUGGAAGAUAUCGCGCCCAAAAGUCCUGCUGAGUUGUUC